UCGUUAUUUGCAAAAUCACAGAAAUCUGUUUUGGAAAUUACACACUCGGAAAUGAUUUAGGUACUGGGUAACUUGCAUGCAAACACAUACCUGUGUCUCCAUUACCUUCAUCUCCAUUGGAGAGGACACUCCUCUCCUAACCUGAGAGAGAAGUCAGCUAGUCUAGGUUGAUGAUUCUGGAUGCUGCAGGGCAAGUCUAGGGGCUCAUGCUCUCUCCCUACUUUCUCAUCUAAGCACGCUGCUCUUUCCUAGAAGAAUAGCCCAGAGGAGGAAGGGAUGGCUGUGGGACUUCUGAAAGCUGUGUAUCAGGAGCUGGUUACGUUCAGAGAUGUGGCUGUUGACUUUUCCCAGGAAGAGUGGGAUUGUCUCAGUUCUUCUCAGAGGCACCUGUAUAGUAAUGUGAUGUUAGAGAACUACAGGAUCUUGGUGUCACUGGGACUUUGCUUUUCUAAGCCAAGUGUGAUAUUACUGUUGGAACAAGGGAAAGAGCCCUGGCUGAAGAGAGAACUGACAAAAGGCUUGUACUCAGACUGGGAAUCUAUAUAUGAGACUGAAAAAUCAACUCCAAAGGAGGACAAUGAUGAAGAACAUUCAUCUGAGAAGAUAAUGGCAAAAUGUACAAACUAUGGCCUUGAGUACUCUAGUUUAAGAGAAUGGAAAUGUGACGGCCAUUUUGAUGGGCAACCAGGGAGUCAAAAGGCAUGUUUUAAGGAAGAGACAAUCACUUAUGAAGAGGCUCUUGUUGAUGAGCGAGUACAAGAAUAUAAUAACUCUUGGGGAAAUUUCCUUCCAAACACACUGCUUCAUGUGCAACAGAUAGUCCCCAAAGAGGAGAAAAUGCAUAAACACGACACACAUAAGAACUUAAAAAAAAAUUUAAUGUCCAUUAGGCCGAAGAGUAUAUAUGCAGAGAAGAAACUUUUGAAAUGUAAUGACUGUGAAAAGGUCUUCAGCCAGAGCUCCUCUCUUACUCUCCAUCAAAGAAUUCAUACUGGAGAGAAGCCUUACAAAUGUGUAGAAUGUGGGAAAGCCUUCAGCCAGAGAUCGAAUCUUGUUCAGCAUCAGAGGAUUCAUACUGGAGAGAAACCCUAUGAAUGUAAGGAAUGUAGGAAAGCCUUCAGUCAGAAUGCACACCUAGUGCAACAUCUGAGAGUUCAUACUGGAGAGAAGCCUUAUGAAUGCAAGGUGUGUAGGAAAGCCUUCAGUCAGUUUGCCUACCUGGCUCAACAUCAGAGAGUACAUACAGGAGAGAAACCUUAUGAGUGCAUUGAAUGUGGGAAGGCUUUUAGUAAUAGAUCCUCCAUUGCUCAACACCAGAGAGUUCAUACUGGAGAGAAACCUUAUGAAUGUAAUGUCUGUGGGAAAGCAUUUAGCCUUCGUGCUUACCUUACUGUACAUCAGAGGAUACAUACUGGAGAGAGACCUUAUGAAUGUAAGGAGUGUGGGAAGGCCUUUAGCCAGAAUUCACACCUUGCUCAACAUCAAAGAAUUCAUACUGGAGAGAAACCUUAUAAAUGCCAGGAAUGUAGGAAAGCCUUCAGUCAGAUUGCCUACUUGGCUCAACAUCAAAGAGUUCAUACUGGAGAGAAACCUUAUGAAUGUAUUAAGUGUGGGAAGGCUUUUAGCAAUGACUCAUCCCUUACUCAACACCAGAGAGUUCAUACUGGAGAGAAACCUUAUGAAUGUAAUGUUUGUGGAAAAGCUUUUAGUUACUGUGGAUCCCUUGCUCAGCACCAGAGAAUUCAUACAGGGGAGAGACCUUAUGAAUGUAAGGAGUGCAAGAAAACCUUCAGGCAGCAUGCCCACCUUGCUCAUCACCAGAGAAUCCAUAUUGGGGAGUCCCUGUCACCACUCAAUCCAGUCAGUCACCAAGUCCUAUAGACAGACCCUCUCAUAAAUAUUUUUGAAAUUUAUACUUUUCUCCAUCUCUAAUGUUCUAACCCAGUCUUAAAAUUUACCUGGAUCACUGCUGUAACUUUCUAACAGGUCUUCCUGUUCCAACUUUUGGUCUUAAAUUCAUUUUCCACUAUGUACCCACACUGAUCUUUUUGAAAUAUAAGAAUACACUUAUUGCUGCCUCCAGUUAAAAUUCUUUCUGACUUCUUGUUGUUAAGCUAAUAUUCAGUCUUUAAACUUGUCUAUGAGGCAUUUCAUUACCUGGUUCUAAUAUACUUUUCAGCCUUAUUUUAUUCCAGUCUCCCUCUCUGGUCACUAAGCAGUCGUAGGACUCAGCUUAGAUUCUUGAAAAUCAUUGCUGUAAUGCUGGAGUGGCAUUAUGGUAGCAUUGUGUGGCUUUGAGUCAUUUGUUUGAGUCAUUAAGCCUCAGGAUUUUCUUUAUUUCUUGAAAUAGAGGAUAAUAAAGGAUAUUGUAGAAAUGUGAGUAUUAAAUGAAAGUGUCUGUUGUAGAUUGAUGGAAUUUAAAAAGAAAUUUGCAUGUAAGAACUUCACAUAGCGCAUCAAAUAUAGCAGAUAUCCAGUAAUUAACAUGCAUUGAGUAUGGACUAUUCACCUGGCACUAUUAUACAUAUUCAAUAUAUAUAACAUAUAUAUGUAUACUAAUUCAUUUACUUCUCACAACUGUAACAAGAUUCCUUAAAGGGCAAAUAGACUAUCCCUGGGAAGCAUCAGGUCAGUAUUGGGAAAACCUAAAAGUUUUAGAAAAUGUAAGCGGGAAUCUUUGUACUCUAGGUGAGUAGUCAGUACUUACACAAGCAGUAUAACCAUAACAAUCUUUCUAUAAGCUUCUAAAGAAAUGUCUAAACAGAGGAUUUGGAUAAACCAAUUAAGUCAAUGAAAAUGAGGCUUAACCAAGAAGAAUCCUUUCUUUGCAUUAAGAUCAAGAAUAGAGAGGACCACAAUUAACUCCAAAAAAAUAACAAAUGUAGAAAUUUAUACUGACUCAUUAAAAAAGCAACAAAUCCAGAUAUAGGUAGAUCUGGGAAAUUUUAAAAGUAUUUAUACUUUUCUAUACCAUUCACAAAGUGUAAAGGCUAUAAACGUGGCGUCCAUUGUUGGUAAUGUGAAAUUAAAAGAGAAUUGAGGAAGAAAGGAAAAUAGAUAAGCUUUCAUUCAGUGACUGCUGAGUAGCCAUUAUUUGCCAGACACUAUUUUAAGCAUGAGGAGGCUCUAAUGAUCAUGUUCUGAUGGAGUUACUUUUUAAAGGCUGUAACAGUAAAUAUAAGGCAGUAGUUUUCUAGAUACAGAAAACUGAACAAUAAUAAAAUUGAGUAUGACAUAAUCUAGGCUGGAGAGAUUCAAGAUGAUAACAUCGAUUAUUCCUAAUUCACAAUGUACUGGAAUUCCAACCAACAUUCUUCAGUGGACCUUAUGCCCACUCAUUUCACAGCUUUAUUCGGAAAUUCAGCUAUGAGAUGUGAAUACUCAAGAAGAGCAACAAAAUAAAUGAAUGUAGUCUAUGUGUAGAAAUUUUGCACAUUAUAAAGAUGGUCCAGAACAGUAGAGAAUGAAUGGAUUUGGAGUUAUUAGAAUAGUUGAAUAUACAUCAUCAACAGUAAGGAAAAUGCAGAUAAAACCACAGUCAGGUAUUGUGAUGACAAAACCAUCACAGUGCCAGUUAUUAAAAAGAUGGGAAGCAGUAGGGAUGUUCAUACAGUUCUAGCAGAAGUAGUUGUUUUUAGAAUAAUUUGGCAAUAUCUAGCGAAGUUGAAAGUGUAGACACGCUUUAACCCAACAGUUCCACAUUGAAAGCCAUAGUUUCGUGUGUUCAGGGUUGUUUUUGAGAAGAGAAAGUUUAAAGUGCUCAAAAUAACCACUAGAGUGUAUAUGUUAAGUCCCAAGUUAAAAUGAAUGAACUAGAAAAUUUCUACCAACAUGGAUAAGUGUUGAAAACUAUUACUGAAAUAGUACUAGUGAGUAUGAGUAUUUUAUGAGGUGGUACCACUUAUUUAUAUAAGUUUGAAAAUAUGCAAAUCAGUGCUGUGUAUAUCUUCCAUGGUUACAUAUAUAGAAAUAGUGUAAUGAUAUUCAUGGACAUAAUCUCCAAAUUCCAAACAGCGGUGACCUCUGAGGAGGGAGAAAAUUACCAAGGAAAGGACAUGAAGGGAGAUAUCUUUUAAUAAUUUAUUUAUUUGAAAUUUUGAGCAAAUAUGGACAAUUCUUACACUUGAUAAAGCUGGUUGUGGGUUUAUAAGUAAACUAGUCUGUAUCUUUCGGUGU